AUGCAACUCAGCAGGCGAACAGCAUUGCAUCCUCUUCCUCGGGAGAACAAGUACCAGCUACUUCAUCCUCGGGUACACUGGGUGCCUUUCUGGACACGGUUCUGUCUUCCACCGCAAGGGAUGAUGAGUGGGAGAAAGUACCAACGACGACGAAAACUGCUGCUAUUGAUUUGCUUACGCAGGUCAUGUCGAGUACGCCAACCGCUGUGGUUGAUCAGCUUCUUGUUUUUGUCCGCCAAGAGAACAGCGACGAGCUCUUUCGUCGAAUGGGUACGAUGACGAAGACGGGGCUGCAAGAAAUGCGCGAAAUCGGAAAACACAAGCCCCCGUCUCAGUGGCGUGUCUUGCGUGCAACGAUAGCUAAUCCGGUGGACCGGACAGAUCGACCUGUCGGGUUGUUCAACCAAGAAAAAGAAAACCCUCUCCAAGAGACGUUAUGCAGAGUCAGAGAGUACCUUCAACGUCACCAUGACGGAAGGCCUGCUGUUUUUGACGCUAGCCAGCGCCGCCAGCUCCGCGAGGAGCGCCGUUUACUUGCGAAAGUCAGGCAAGGAGCCCCCGAAGAAGGAGGAUCGCCUGCUUCCAUCAGUCUGCAUUUUGGGAGUUUUCUCUUUGAUUCUAACUCUUUGACACUGUCUUUGUACUUCCGAUUCGACGUUCUGCCUCCAGAGGAAGCGACGGAAGAAACGAACGCUGGCGCUGCAGGAAAGGGACUGCGUCUCCGCCGGAUCUAUGUUAUUUGGGGUCAUCCUGAUCGCUCGCGAGAUGUGAUUGAACUGACAAAGGAAAACUAGGCCGCUAGUUGUACACUGAGAAGAUGAAGAUGAACCACUACUAGAAGUGUAGUACUAUAGACGAACGAAGAUGACGAGGCAUGAUGAAGGGUUGAAGAUCAUGAAGAAGUUGAAGCUCUUGAUCUUGUUGUGUUUAUAUUUAUUCUUGAGGAAAAGCAAAAAAGUAAGAUACUUUUUUAUUGAGAUGGAUGCUUCAGCAUUGUAUUACCUGAACAAGUCAAGCAAAAACAGAAGAAAAUAGAGAAUAAUGAGGAGAAGAAAAUGCAAGAACAAUA